AUGGCUCCUGCGGCGGACAGGCAGGGUUACUGGGGCGCUCCGACCUCAACACUGGACUGGUGUGAGGAGAACUAUGUCGUCUCGUUUUAUAUCGCCGAAUUCUGGAAUACAGUCAGUAACCUGAUUAUGAUCCUCCCUCCAAUUUAUGGAGCGAUACAGACAUUAAAAGAUGGACUGGAGGUCCGCUACGUCUGGUCCUUUUUAGGGCUUGCAGCUGUUGGCAUUGGUUCUUGGUGUUUUCACAUGACACUGCAGUAUGAAAUGCAGCUGUUAGACGAACUGCCGAUGAUCUACAGUUGCUGCGUCUUUGUCUACUGUUUAUAUGAAUGCUUCAAGCAAGAAAACGUCAUUAACUAUUUCCCAAUUGCGCUUCUGCUCUUCUUCAGUAUUGUCGUUAGUGUGGUGUACCUACAGUGGAAAGAACCAGUAUUUCAUCAGGUCAUGUAUGCUGUAUUGGUGGCUUUCGUAGUAUUUCGGUCUAUUUUUAUAGUCACAUGGGUGUAUCCAUGGCUAAGAGCGCUGUGCUACACGUCAUUAUGUAUCUUCCUGCUAGGAUUUGUCUUAUGGAACAUAGAUAAUAUUUUCUGUGAAAGAUUAAGAGCCACAAGGCAGAAGCUGCCUCCCGUAGUAGGAGCCGUGACGCAGCUUCACGCGUGGUGGCAUAUUCUAACAGGCCUCGGCUCCUACCUCCACAUCCUCCUCAGCCUCCAGAUUCGAGCCACCUACCUCAAGUACAGACCAAAAGUGAAGUUUGCCUGUGGUGUCUGGCCCAUGCUGCACGUUGAGUCUCAGAAGACAAGUUGAAGGCGGACGACUGCAGCAGCCAGUCACAGUGCUCGGAUGCUGUGAGAGCCCCCGGCCGCUCGCCUACAGCUUAAUCAGAAAACAAGCAGCAGCUGGACAUUGGGUUCUCCCAUCCCCGUGAUCCUUGCUUCAGUUUGCUCUCUGUCCUUUGGAGACUACAGUUCUGCAGUGGAGAGGCUCCGUUUUGGUUGGUUGACCACUGCGUAGAUCCGAAAUCUGUCAAGGAAGGUAGCACAAGUUUUCAUUUGCACAUAGUAGUCCUGCAUUAACAUCCGCUGCCAUACUCAAUCAUGAGGGACAAAAUAGAUCGUGAGUGGGGGGAGGGGGGUAGUGUCGGCACAUGAUUUUAGUUUUUGUGCUGAUGUAAUAAUGAUUGUGGAUUGAUUUACUGAUGGCUUAUUAUCUAUUUAAUCCGAUUAAUUAGCAACAGAAUUUUACUAAACCGCAUAAUCAUGUGCUGAUCAUAAACGUUGAUUUAACAGUCUGAAGUCAAUCGUUAAUUCAUCUGGACCUGAUUUGUUAUUCUUUUGAU